AUGGCGCCCCGCAAGAGGAGCCGCCAUGGCCUGGGCUUCCUGUGCUGCUUUGGGGGCAACGACCUCCCUGAGAUCAACCUCCGCGAUAACCACCCUCUGCAGUACAUGGAGUUCUCCAGUCCUAUCCCGAACCCAGAGGAGCUUAAUGUCCGCUUCGCUGAGCUGGUGGAUGAGUUGGAUCUCACCGACAAAAACCGGGAGGCUGUGUUUGCACUGCCCCCUGAGAAAAAAUGGCAGAUCUACUGCAGCAAGAAGAAGGAGCAGGAGGAUCCCAACAAGCUGGCGACCAGCUGGCCUGACUAUUAUAUUGACCGAAUCAACUCUAUGGCUGCGAUGCAGAGUCUGUACGCAUUUGAUGAGGAGGAGACUGAGAUGAGGAACCAAGUUGUGGAAGACCUGAAGACAGCUCUCCGGACGCAGCCCAUGAGGUUUGUGACCCGCUUCAUCGAGCUGGAUGGCUUGACCUGUCUGCUGAAUUUCCUCCGGAGUAUGGACCACGCCACCUGCGAGAGCCGCAUCCACACCUCCCUUAUUGGCUGCAUCAAGGCUCUGAUGAACAACUCCCAGGGGCGGGCUCACGUGCUGGCGCAGCCCGAGGCCAUCAGCACCAUCGCUCAGAGCCUGCGCACUGAGAACAGCAAGACCAAGGUGGCCGUGCUGGAGAUCCUGGGCGCCGUGUGCCUGGUGCCCGGCGGCCACAAGAAGGUGCUGCAGGCCAUGCUGCACUAUCAGGUGUACGCAGCUGAGCGGACGCGCUUCCAGACACUGCUGAACGAGCUGGACCGAAGUUUGGGCCGGUACCGGGAUGAAGUGAAUCUGAAAACAGCCAUCAUGUCCUUUAUCAACGCUGUCCUCAAUGCUGGAGCUGGAGAGGAUAAUCUGGACUUCCGCCUACAUCUGCGGUAUGAGUUCCUGAUGCUGGGGAUACAACCUGUGAUUGACAAACUCCGGCAGCACGAGAAUGCCAUCCUGGACAAGCAUUUAGACUUCUUUGAGAUGGUCCGGAAUGAGGAUGACCUGGAGCUAGCCAGGAGGUUUGACAUGGUCCACAUCGACACCAAGAGUGCUUCGCAGAUGUUUGAGCUCAUCCACAAGAAGCUGAAGCACACGGAGGCCUACCCCUGCCUGCUGUCUUUCCUGCACCACUGCCUACAGAUGCCCUACAAGCGGAACGGUGGCUACUUCCAGCAGUGGCAGCUUCUGGACCGCAUCCUCCAGCAGAUUGUCCUCCAGGAUGAGAGAGGCGUGGACCCUGACCUGGCUCCCUUGGAGAACUUCAACGUCAAGAACAUCGUCAACAUGCUCAUCAAUGAGAACGAAGUGAAACAGUGGCGAGACCAGGCAGAGAAGUUCCGGAAAGAACACACGGAGCUGGUGAGCAGGCUGGAGAGGAAGGAGCGAGAAUGUGAGACAAAGACGUUGGAGAAGGAAGAGAUGAUGCGGACGCUGAACAAGAUGAAGGACAAGCUGGCUCGAGAGUCCCAGGAGCUGCGCCAGGCUCGGGGACAAGUGGCUGAGCUGGUGUCCCAACUCAGUGAAAUCUCAACAGGACCUAUAUCUUCCCCACCUCCCCCUGGGGGCCCACUCACCUUGUCUUCCUCGAUGACAACCAAUGACCUGCCUCCACCCCCACCCCCUCUACCAUUCGCCUGCUGCCCCCCACCGCCACCACCACCCCUUCCACCCGGUGGGCCCCCCACUCCCCCAGGCGCCCCACCCUGCUUCAGCAUGGGCCUGCCCCUCCCUCCAGACCCCUUCCCCAGUAGUGACACCCCGCUCAGGAAGAAGUGUGUCCCCCAACCUUCCCACCCACUGAAGUCCUUCAACUGGGUCAAGCUGAAUGAGGAACGUGUUCCUGGCACCAUAUGGAAUGAGAUUGAUGACAUGCAGGUAUUUCGGGUUCUGGACCUAGAAGACUUUGAAAAAAUGUUUUCAGCCUAUCAGAGGCACCAGGAGCUGAUAACUAAUCCUUCUCAGCAGAAGGACUUGGGCUCCACCGAGGACAUCUACCUGGCCUCCCGCAAGGUCAAGGAGCUGUCGGUUAUUGAUGGCCGGCGGGCUCAGAACUGCAUCAUCCUUCUCUCCAAGUUGAAGCUUUCUAACGAGGAGAUCCGGCAGGCCGUCUUGAAGAUGGACGAGCAGGAAGAUCUCGCUAAGGAUAUGCUGGAGCAGCUCCUCAAGUUCAUCCCGGAGAAGAGCGACGUGGACCUUCUUGAGGAGCACAGGCAUGAGAUCGAGCGCAUGGCCCGUGCUGACCGCUUCCUCUAUGAAAUGAGCAGGAUUGACCACUACCAGCAGCGACUGCAGGCCCUCUUCUUCAAGAAGAAGUUCCAGGAGCGGCUGGCUGAGGCCAAGCCCAAAGUGGAAGCCAUCCUGCUGGCCUCCAGGGAGCUGAUUCGCAGCAAGCGUCUAAAGCAGAUGCUAGAGGUCGUCCUGGCUAUCGGUAACUUCAUGAACAAGGGGCAGCGUGGGGGCGCCUACGGGUUCCGGGUGGCCAGCCUCAACAAGAUUGCAGACACCAAGUCCAGCAUUGACAGAAACAUCUCUCUGCUCCAUUACCUGAUCAUGAUUCUGGAGAAGCAUUUCCCUGACAUCCUGACGAUGCCUUCGGAGCUGCAGCAUCUCCCAGAAGCCGCCAAAGUCAACCUGGCAGAGCUGGAGAAGGAAGUGGGCAACCUCAGGAGGGGCCUCAGAGCAGUCGAGGUGGAGCUGGAAUACCAGAAACGCCAGGUGCGGGAACCAAAUGACAAGUUCGUCCCAGUCAUGAGUGACUUCAUUACGGUUUCCAGCUUUAGCUUCUCAGAGCUGGAGGACCAGCUGAAUGAGGCUAGGGACAAGUUCUCCAAGGCCCUGAUGCACUUUGGGGAGCAGGACAGCAAGAUGCAGCCAGACGAAUUCUUUGGCAUCUUUGACACCUUCCUGCAGGCCUUCUCGGAGGCCCGGCAGGACCUGGAGGCCAUGAGAAGGAAGAAGGAGGAGGAGGACCGGAGGGCCCGAAUGGAAGCCAUGCUGAAGGAGCAGAGGGAGCGAGAGCGGUGGCAGCGGCAGCGGAAGGUCCACACGGGCAGCACGCUGGAGGAGGGAGGCGAGUUCGACGACCUGGUGUCAGCUCUGCGCUCGGGGGAGGUUUUUGACAAGGACUUAUGCAAGCUCAAGCGCAGCCGCAAGCGGUCAGGGAGCCAGGCCCUGGAAGUCACCCGGGAGCGGGCAAUAAACAGGCUAAAUUAUUGACCUGGGGACUGGCCACUGCCGGAGGCCAGGAGCCAGGGAUGGACUGAGAGGGGCUGAGUGGAGAAGGCGGUGAUACUUCAACCAUUUGGUGCUCGGUUUAGAGCCCUGGGCUGGGUCCUGGGGUGGGGGCUGUGUGUGGCAGGACCAGGCGUCUCCCCACACUUGCCUGAAGGGGCUCCUCUCAUCUCCUCCUCCCAUUCUUUCUGCUCCCCGGCCCCCGGGACUCUCUGAGGCUGACCUGGACAUCCCUGGCAGGCCUGGCUGACGGGGCCCUGCUGCCCACCGCCAACAUGGCACCCACAUGUUGGCACAGAACUGUUUCAGAUCUAGACGGAACAGGUCCAUGGAUUUGGUCUAGAUUUCGUGUGCAGUGGGGAGGAACUGUGGGGUGGGCCUCUGAGGGCCCGGGUGAGAGAGUCCAGGCUCUCAUCCCUCACGAGGUGGCUUCACGGAACAUUGAGCUGGGGGUAUACUUUCUUGAAUGGAAAAGGAAGAGGCAUUAUAUAGUCUAGCUAGAUGUGUUCCAGGAAAAAUAUGCUGGGUGGAUGAUGCAGGGACCAAGUCAUCAGGACUGAGUAGCAGUGCCUGUUUCCUACAUCACAAGUCCUUUAAUCCCUCUCUUGCAUGUCUUAAGUGUCUCUCCCUUCCUUCCCUACUAUUACCUCCAUCCUGUCUACUAAUCCAGAAUCCCAGAAAACCCCUCUUUGGGUUCCCAUGACUGUGGCUUACUAUCAGGGACUUGAUGAAUCCGGUAGGGGAAGGGGUUCAGCCAAGACCCCAUGUGCCACACCUCGUGCCUUGGGCAUAGGGACCCUAGAACAAAAUACCGCCCCGCCCCACCUCCCCUGGACAACCGGAGCGUUGUCCUGAGGUAAGACCGUGACCUGACAGCCCCUCACCCGAGGGCAGCACUUGAAUGCCUCGUCCCACCCCAGAGCUUUCUGGUCUACCACUCAGAUGCCAAACUCCAACGUCUGCCUCAGGGCAGAAGCCACAGUGACCUCCCACUCUGUCCAGUGUGCAAGAGACCACCUCAAACCACGUGUGUCUAUCUGGCUGAGGCUGGCCCUGGAGCGUCGGUUCCUGAGAGGGUCCCAAGGGCCAGGGCUGCUGUCUGCAUUGACAUGCCAUUUCUGAGGGUGUCUCCUUCUCUGAGGCAUUCACACGGAGCCCAGAGCAGGCAGGGGAAGCUAGGGAGAUGGGAGAUGAAGGAUGGAGGAAGAAGGCCCAUUUCCCUGGGGUGUCAAGGGGGAAAGGCUGGUACCUGAUGUGGUUCUUCACCCUGAACUUCCAAGGGGCCCCUGUAGGUCCUCCUGUCCACUCCCACCUUGCACGCUGUCCAUUCCCAUUUCACAUUCUGCCCAUCUUGAGCAGGUGGGCCAAUGGCUGUGUCUAAACAAAAUCUUCUGUCUUCUACAAGAAAGGAGGUGAGGUC